GAUUGAAAAGGCAUCCCUUCGCCAUGUUCCUGUUCUCGUUCAUGAAGUCAUCCACAGAAGUGGCCAAAGGACAACCCACGCCGUCGCCAUCGGAGAAGGAAGCGAAGUUUCUGCAUGCUCUGGCCAAUCGAGCAAUCACAGCAGACGAGCGAGGGCAAGUCGACACUGCCAUCGACCUGUACGUGGAACUCAUUGAGCGAAUGCUUGUCCAAGUCAGAGGUGUGCAUGACCCAGACGAGCAGCUCGUAUUACGGCGAAGAAUUGAAGGGUAUGUGAAGCGUGCAGAGGAGCUCAAGGUCGCCGCCGCACCUCCAAGCGCCGCACCUCCCGCCGUCAAAUCCAAGGCGCAGACACAAAGCAAAGCAAGGACGGCGAACGCUGCGUUGGCGCAUGUGGUACUGGACGAGGUGCUGGACGCGUCUCCAAAUGUCCAAUGGAAGGACAUUGCUGGCCUGGACGAUGCCAAGCAGAUGCUCCAAGAAGCGAUCGUAUUGCCACUCCUCCGACCCGAUCUGUUCACUGGUUUGUGCGCCGCUCCCAAAGGUGCGCUACUCUUUGGGCCUCCUGGAACAGGCAAGACCUUGCUGGCCAAAGCCGUGGCCACCGAAUCCAAAGCUACGUUCUUCAGCGUGACCGCGUCGACGCUGACAUCGAAAUGGGUCGGCGAAGGCGAGAAGCUCGUCCGUGCGCUGUUCGACAUGGCGCGGGAGCUGCAGCCGUCGGUCAUUUUCAUCGACGAAAUCGACUCGCUGCUAUCCACGCGAUCGACAGGGGAGCACGACGCCAGUCGUCGCCUCAAGAACGAAUUUUUCACACAACUCGACGGCAUUGGAUCGUCGUCGGAGGAUCGCAUAUUAGUCUUGGGGGCUACAAAUUUGCCCCACGAACUGGACGAAGCGAUGGUUCGACGGCUUGAAAAGCGAGUUUACGUGCCGUUGCCCGACAUCGCGGCCCGCACAUACCUCAUUGGACACCUCGUGAGCUCCCAUAGCCAUUCAUUGACCCAGCGAGACAUCGCCGCAAUUGCAUCUGCCACUGACAAGUAUUCCGGGAGUGAUAUCAUGAACCUGUGCAAGGAAGCUGCGAUGGGGCCGCUGCGGAGCUUGGGCGAUCGGUUAAAGCAAGCACGAGCGCAAGACAUUCGGCCGAUUUCGAAAGCCGAUUUCACCGACGCAUUGGCCCGGGUGUCGCCCAGUGUGUCCGCCGACACACUCCGCCGCUUGACCGAGUGGAAUGCUCGCUAUGGGCUCCAAAAAGCAACUUGAUUAAUUUUUAAUACAACCCCUCCACCCUCUCGUGCUCGCUCGUGUCGUAAACUUGCGCGCGGAGUUUGUCUGGGAAGUGGGAGCGGCGCUGUUUUCGACUGGCGGCAACGUCUAGCUUUUGUUUGGCAC